AUGAUGAAGUUCAACCUAUUACGUGCUCAGAACAGAAUGAAACUGUACGCGGACUCUCGCAGGUCAGAUCGUGUCUUUCAGAUAGGUGAUCACGUUUAUUUGAAGCUGCAACCUUAUCGCCAACACUCCCUCAAAGGUCGUCAUGUUCCACAUAAGUUAUCCCCUCGGUUCUAUGGUCCUUUCCAGGUUCAGGAUCGUGUUGGUUCACUCGCAUACAAGCUUGAUCUUCCUUCGGGUGUUGCUAUACACACUGUUUUUCACGUCAGUCAACUCAAGCUCUGUCCUAAUCCAUCCUCUGUUUCAUCGACACUUCCACAAUAUCUCUCCGAUGUGGGAAAAACAAAGGAGCCUGAAAUUAUCCUUGAGAAGAAGAUGGUCAACAGACAUAAUAAGGCUGUAACUAAAGUUCUUGUCCAAUGGAAAGGGUACCCUCUUCAGCAAGCAACUUGGGAAUUUUAUCAAGACUUCAUUGCCAAGUUUCCUCAUUUCCAUAUUUUUAUCCUUGAGGCCAAGGAUGUUCUGAAGGAGGGAGUAUUGUGA